CUGGGCUGCGCGCGCCGUCUCUAUGGAGUUGGCGGCCUCGGGGAUGAUGGCGGAUUUUGAUGCGAUUUACGAAGAAGAGGAGGACGAGGAGCGAGCGCUGGAGGAGCAGCUGCUCAAGUACGCGCCGGACCCGGUGUUGGUGCGGGGCUCCGGACACGUCACCGUGUUUGGUCUGAGCAACAAAUUUGAAUCAGAAUUCCCUUCGUCACUCACAGGAAAGGUUGCACCUGAGGAAUUCAAGGCUAGCAUUAGCCGAGUUAACGGUUGUUUAAAGAAGAAUCUUCCUGUCAACGUGCGGUGGUUGCUUUGUGGCUGCUUAUGCUGCUGCUGUACCUUGGGCUGCAGCAUGUGGCCAGUAAUCUGUCUCAGUAAAAGAACACGAAGAUCGAUCGAGAAGUUAUUAGAAUGGGAAAACAAUAGGUUAUACCACAAGCUGUGCUUGCACUGGAGACUGAGCAAAAGGAAAUGCGAAACCAAUAACAUGAUGGAAUAUGUCAUCUUAAUAGAAUUUUUACCGAAGACACCAAUAUUUCGACCAGAUUAACAUGGAAUUUUGUUUUCAAAGACUUGUCCAAGUGUGUUGUCCUUCCAAUGGUGCCUUGCUUGGUACUCUCCUGGUGAAGAUUUGUCAGUCUGACAGAUCCUUAUGUUCUUGCCUACAGUUCUUCACUCUCUAUCCGUAUAAUGGUUUGUCCACACACUCCUGCCCCAUAUUAGUUUUUUCUGCAUUUGUCAUACCGCUUACAUUCCAAACUUUUGUGACCUAUCCACGCAUCCUUCCCUCCUACCCAUCAUCCUUGUUUGUUUUAGUUUCCUGAUGCAUAUUUCCUCUUAUGCACAAUAGAUUAAGCAAAUUUCAGUAAAAUUGUGUAUAAAAUGAUUUUAAUAGCCAAUGACUUAUCCUACACAUGUUUUUAAGAGAUUUUUUGAUAAAAGGCUAAUAUUGCUGGUUGAAUUUAUUGGAAGAAUCAUUGUGAGUUUGUGUUACAUUUUCCAACCAAUACCUAUAGAGGAAAACAAAAGUCUAUUUUUGUACUCUGUGUGUCGCCUUUUGUCAUGCACAAUAGUGUACCAUCCUUCUUAAUUUUGUUUUCUGUUUACCCUUUUCCUUGGACUGAGACUUUCUUUGCACAGAUUCAGGAACAUAAAUUCUAUUGUGACAACUGAAGUCACUGCAUUCAUGUACAUGAAGAAACCUGAUUGAAGAAACCCUUGUCAACUGGCUGUACUCAAGUCCUAAUUGUACAACUUGAACAAAUCACUUUGAAUACUGUAGCAAAAUCUGGUGAAGGUUUUGCAUACAUUGGAUGGUUAAUGAGACUGGGGACCAUGGAAAAUGCACUAGUUCUGCAAGCAUAAAUGAAUACCUUAUUCAGGUAGAUGCCAUAAUUGAUGAUGGCUUUUUAUACAUUCUGUUACUUCAUUUGUUUACUGAUCUGUCUGCCUACUUUAGGUUUACAUAUAGAUGUAUUAGUUUUUUUGCUGUAUAGAUGUUACAGUGACAGUUCAUCAUGCAACAUGUUGUAUAUUGUAUUAAUUCUUUGGGUCAGGCCAAAUUCUUUUGUUCCAUACUGCACCUCUGAAAGUGUGGCCUAUGAUCGUCAGUGUAUUCAAACAGGCACUGCUGUCCAUUUCAACACUUUAAUGUAUACUAGAAGCAGAAAUAAUUGUGUAUAGGCAAUUUUUUUUCUUUUUUUAAAAAUGUGGUCAGAUAUUUGAAAGUUAUCAAUUCACAGGAGCUGAUCUUUGAGAUUUAAAGGGAAAAUGUAAAAUACCUUAUCAGGAGCAAUGGGAAUUAUCUAUAAAAUAUAUUGCCCUGGUUACUGCUCAUUUCUUAUGCUGAGAAUCUUUCACAAUUAGUGUUUUCUUGCAUUUCUUUCUGGGGCCCAUCAACGAAGUUUAGUUUUUUGAAUGUAUGAAGAUUAUUUUAUUCAGAUGUGUUUGAUCUCGAGCACAAAUUCUGCAACUUAUCAAGCCUGUUUUGCAAUUCAGCAGUCUUGUAAUUAAUUUUGCAUUUUACAGUAGGAAUGGUAUUACUAUCCAAAUCAGUGUGUUUAUAAAAUAAGUUGAGGGAAGGGAGCCAGUUAGAAUUUGCAUCUUGCAUUUCUGCUGAUUCUGGUUAGACAGCCCUCUAUUUAAGUUAACUGUACAAUAGUGGGUGGGAAAAAAUCAGCCCUUUGAUUCAAUUUGUGUAGUUGUUAAUCUAAUAGACCAAAGGUGUAGCUAAAGUAAUUUUUUUUAAUAAUUACUUAUAUAAAACUUGCCUAAUUCCUUCUUUCAUUUGUUGAAUGUGAUCUAUACCACCGAUAGUUUUUUCUUGUCAAGAAUUUUGCAGAAUAUGCUGUCACCUUAGGGUCUGAAUUUGAGAUAUUGGCAAAGAUGUUUUUGUGAAUUGCUUGUAACUUUGAGUUUUACAGACUGCAAAUCCAGGGUCGUCAAAGUCUAGGAAAAAGACAGCCAUUUAGCUCACUAAACUUUUUUUGGCCGUGUAAUUCACAGGCCAGGAAUAUUGUGAACUCAGUCGCAAACCGUAAAUAGUAAAAAAUAUGAGGAAUUUGGUUUGCUGAUAACCAAAUUAGAAUGCAAGGCAUCUGUAUUGAUUUAAUAGCUAUUAUGUAAGCAAUAAGUUCUCUGCUAAUGUGUCAGCAGUUGUUCCCCUUUGCACUGGUUGUAUGUUCAGUUUCUGGUGUUUACGCCAUAUUUGUUGGAUUUAUAUCAAAGUUUUUGUGUUUAUGGAUCAUUUACAGCCAAGUCCACUUGUUUUUUUGACCACAAAUAAAACUCCUAGAGGCAUUGUACACAGAGAAAGCAGUUUUGUAAAUGAGCCCUAUUCAAGCAGAAGACUAAGAUCUGAGAUCGCAAUUCAGAAACCGAGACUGAUUACACAUAAUAUUGCAAUAUGAAUGCCACUUUAUUUUAAAUAUGAAUGUAGAUUUCUUGUGACUCGGUAGUUUAGGUGGUAGAACAUCUCCCAGUUUAUAGUGAAUGGGAACUUCGCUUUAGUCAGCCUUAGUAAUUGCAACAAAUUACAUACAGAAAAUCAUUUCCACUGCACCUAUAGGUGUUAGAAUAUCCACAUAGGAAGUGGGAAGGGAGGAAAGGAGUGGGAAAAUGUCCUGUUUCCUAACUCACCUGCUGCAGGCACCGCCUAUUAGCAGUUCAGUCCUGGAGAGACCUGAGGCACAGACUAGCUCAUCUUCCUGGUAAUAGGACAAUCAAAACAUGAAAUGUAGAAGGGUUACUAGUGUACCUGAAGUACUGAAUAGUUUGGAUUGAUUUGAGUUGAAAUAUGAAGGAAAUAAUAAUUGGGAGUCCCAAACUUGAUCCCUCAUCGAUCUCUGUAUAAAGGCUGUGUUGUACCAGUUACACUGCAAAACAGUUAUCCAAAAGUCCAGUACUGUGCCAGGAAUGAUCAUUUCACAGGGCCCAGAAGACUGGCUUUCCAGUUGAGUUAAAUCUAUAUAGUCAUCUUUUACUGUGUAGGCUUUAUAUAAUUGCAGUAAACCUUGAAAGACUAUAAUGUGCUGUAUAUUUGUAAUCCUUCAGUGUGUAACAUUUUUGUUAUAGUUCAUCAGGGAACCUGACCCAUGACUGGAAAUGUUGAGAUUUGUUAUAAAUAUUCACAAAUAUUAAAAUAUCAAACCUUG